UACCGCUUACAACAGGUCGACUUAAGCUUCUCCUUCCGGAAGGGAUCAGACAAGCUUAAAAAGGACCUUGAUAAUCUGAUAAAGGAUGGUUCGGACAAAGCGAAGGCAUUUACCAAAGAAGGAUUCCACAACUAUGGUGGCAUCUGCUUGUUGCCUGCCUUAUGGUCUGCUUAUGUUGAUAUGUUUUGGGAAAAUAUUGAGAUGCACGAAGAAUUACACCUUCUUGAGAAAAAUGCCUCUAGAUCCAUAAUGAACGGCACAACAAAAGUUCUUGAAACUACUAUUGAAAACAUACAUUCUACCGCAAAAUAUUUUCUCACCUUUUCCGACCUUGCACAAAUCAAAACAACCCAAAUUGGUGAACAACAUGAGGUUGACCUGGAAAAAUUUGAAGCGUCAAAGCCAUUCAAGAUAUUUUCAACAGGAGAAUCUCAAUGUCCAUGCCAUCCUUUCCCUACGUCCUCGUCGCUUUGGAAAGACACUAUUCCUUUCCACUUUGUCUGCUUAUUACGAUAUAAAGAACCAAGAAGUGCAAUUCAAACAAUAUUUGGUGAUCUAUACAUCGGUAAAAAUCCCACACCAUUAGCAUCUUCCUUCCUCGUUCUUGAGCUCAAUUUUUCUGGAAUUCGCACUAGUACAACAUUUGACAUCUUUGAGGAGAGCUUUCACAAACGUUUGAAUCUAUUUAUGUCGAGGUUUGUAUAUCGAUAUCAACAGGAGUUGGAACAUCAUUUUCAAAUUGUUGAUGAAAAUAUGGAUGCUUUGACAAAUUUAUUAAGGUUACUGAAUUCGGUAGAAUUAAGUGAUUACAAGGAAAAUAAAAUCGAAUUAAUCGAAAGUUCAUUCAAGCAAUUUUACAGCUGUUUGAGGACUGCUUGUGAUAGAGGCAUAGCUUAUGUCUUCCAAACUGGUGUGACUCCUGUUGUUAUGGCCGAAUUUACCUCGGGUUUUAAUAUUUCAUCAGAUUUGGCAUUAAGUGAAGAAUUUUGGGACUUACAUGGAUUUAAGAAGUCAGAAGUUGAACUCCUUUUGGACAAUGCCCUUGGAAAUAGUUUGCCAUCUGAUGUUAAGGAGGGAAUAGUAAAAUGUUUAAAAGAGGAAAAUGACAGAUAUUUUUUUAAUAUUAAUCAAACUGAGGGCAUUUUCAACACUGCUCGGAUUCUGUACUGUAUUCGAAUGUUGAUUAGGCAAAUGAAAUUUAUAGACUAUAAUGAAGAUUCUUCAAUUGUCAUCAAGAAUUUUCUUCGUUUUCCCCCUGAUCCGAAUACAUUGCCCUCUCAAACAACAUUGGACUUGAUUGUCAACAAUACCCUUGGCAAAUCCAUUUUUACCGAAGCACUUAAUAGAAGUCCUCUCGAAUCCAGAAAUGGUAUAGAGCAACAAUUUCGACUCACUAGCAUUCGCGAGCUGGCAACUGAUCGCACCCGUUAUUAUCGUUCAUGUUCUAUACUGGUGCCCUCACAUAUCAACCGAAUUCAUUGCAAAAUAAAUUUCGAAUCCAAAAUCGUGUUUCUGAGAGAGUUUAUUGCAGAGGCGUUAAAGAUUUAUGACUGGAAAGAGGAGAUUUAA